AGAAGCAUGGGUCACGGAAAACGUCUUCCGUCUACGAUCAGUCUCCCCACGACAUGGAUUUAUGGCCUAAUUGGGAUGAUCCUUCCGAAACUUUCGACGAAGAGAAGACAAAUGAGAUUGUAUGGUUUUCCUAAUACAUGUCCAAAACAGUAUAUAAGUUGUGUAAUAGUUUCUAUCAUGACAAUGGCACAGUAUCAGCACUGCCAAUUCUGGGAGCUUUUCUUUUAACCAUCCGUUGAACAUGAAGGUCGCUGGACUCUUCUGGCUGCUGCCUGCACUUGUUGCCGCUCAGUCAUCGACUGUUACUCUAUCACCAUGGCAGACUGGAGAAGUCACUCCUGAUGGUACCUGUGGAAAGGGCACGGGCUUCGUUUGCAGUCCUACCUGGGGUGCUUGCUGCUCCGGGGAUGGCAUUUGCGGUCGAUCUAGCAAAUAUUGUGGCGAAGGAUGCCAACCUUCUGCUGGUAACUGCAAUGCUGCUGCACCUCCACCGGAAGCUCCCCCAGGCCCUGGAAGUGUCUCUCCUGACGGCUCUUGCGGCGGCACAAAUAAGUUCAUCUGUGGCGGGAGCCCCUUCGGAGAUUGUUGUUCCGAGCAAGGCUGGUGCGGCAACUCUACCGCCCACUGCGGUAACAACUGUCUUCCUGACUUUGGAACAUGCGGUCCUCCCAGUAACAUCACCUUUGAUGGCCAAUGUGGCGCCAAUGGCAAGAUUUGUCUAGACUCUGGCUAUGGGGACUGCUGUUCUGGUUCCGGAUGGUGCGGUGACAAGACUGAUCACUGCGGUGCUGGCUGUCAAAAUGGCUUCGGCACAUGUACCGGCGGCGACUCUGGUAAGUCACGAGACCGGGAACCGGCCACCCCGGGAACCGGCCACCCCGCUUUUGGCCUCAACAACAUAACCUUCAUCAAUUCAAUCACUCAAAAAGUCGAUAUAAUACCCUAA